AAACUCCCUAAAUCAAGAUACCUUUAGUCAAUUCUCUUUUUAAGUCUCCUAUAUAUUCCUGUUAAUCCCCUACUCACCAUAUUCAAGUCUUGCAUCACAGCUUAAAACAGAUCUUAGAUAGCACAUCUGUGUUAAGUAUAGUGUGAGGGAACAUAAAAACUAAAGUGCUUGAUCUUUCCUUAUCACACAGAUCCCUAUAGAAGAAUGCAGGGCUUGUUCCCAGCAUUCCUUGUUAUUAUCCUUGUUCUUUUUGUUUAAUUAUUUUCAAGAUUAAAGAUGAAUAUGAAUGAUGUUUUUCACUCUUUUGUCAUGCCUCUCAACUCAGAUGGUUCUCUUUGUAUCAUGAAAAACCCUUCCAGAUCACAACAUUCACAAGAUUCUCCGAAACUCGAAAACUUGUUAGGAAAUGCAACAAUUGGAGCCCAUUGUAUCAACUAUGAGAGGGAAGCCAUGGCUCUUAGUUUUGACAACAUGUAUUACCACCAAAAUGUUAAUGAUCAAGAACCUGAUCAAAGUCAAAGGCAACAACAAGAAGAAGAAGCACAUCUGCAGUAUUUCUCAGGGAUGCCUUGCUAUGAGAUGUAUCAAACUAAUGAUCUUUUUCCUGGGAAUUUCAAAGGCCAACAAUUGGGAAAUAACACCAUGCUUCAUGAUCAUAGCUCUGUUGAGCCAAUGGGCUAUGGAGAUUUACAGUGCUUGAGCUUGUCUAUGAGCCCUGGCUCACAGUCCAGCAGUAUCACACCUGCAACUCAAAUCUCACCUACUGAGUCUCAUUGUUUGGCCAUAGAAACCAAGAAGAGGGGGACAGGGUCAGCUAAACUCAGCACAAAACAACCUUCUCAUCGCAAAACUAUCGACACUUUCGGCCAAAGAACAUCUCAGUAUAGAGGUGUCACAAGGCAUAGAUGGACUGGACGAUAUGAAGCUCAUUUAUGGGACAAUAGUUCAACAAAAGAAGGCCAAACAAGGAAAGGAAGGCAAGGUAAGAGUACAUAACAAAUGAAAUAUACAUGUUUCACACCUCUUUGGUUCAUACUUUUGACUUCAAUACAAAGCUCAUCAUUGCUCAAUGUUUAAUAAUCUGACUAUUACUUUCAAUUAUUUUGUUGUCAUGCUUUUAUAUGAUGGGGGAAUAUUUGCUUUACAAAUCUACUGUGGACUGGUGGUGAAUAUUUUCAGUAUAUCUUGGAGGUUAUGAUUCGGAAGAAAAAGCUGCAAGAGCCUAUGAUUGUGCUGCAUUGAAGUAUUGGGGAUCUGCAACUCAUAUUAACUUCCCGUUGGAGAGCUACCAGCAACAACUCGAGGAUAUGAACAGCAUGAAUCGUCAGGAAUAUGUUGCACACUUGAGAAGGAGAAGUAGUGGCUUCUCUAGGGGCGCUUCAGUUUACAGAGGAGUAACAAGGCAUCAUCAGCAUGGAAGGUGGCAAGCUCGAAUUGGUAGAGUUGCAGGAAACAAGGACCUCUAUCUGGGGACAUUCUGCACCCAGGAAGAAGCAGCUGAAGCUUAUGACAUUGCUGCAAUAAAAUUUCGUGGUAUAGGAGCUGUCACAAACUUUGAGAUGACCAAAUACGACGUUGAAAAAAUCAUGGCCAGUGACACAUUACUUGCUGGAGAGCAAGCUAGGCGAAUUAAUGAUAUAGAAGAGUCAAGGUUAACGGAGGCCAUUGUGGAAUAUGUGAUCCCAGCCUCAGUAGCUCCAGGCCAAGAGAAUAAUUAUCAAAAUACUAGUCAUGACAACAACGGGAGAAGUAUAGAUUGGAAAAUGAUGCUAAACCAGUUCCCACACCAGCAGCAACAAAAUGUGGAAGCUGUGGCCGAAAAUCAGAGACAUGACAAGAACUUGUCUUUCUCAGUAGCCCUGCAAAAUUUGAUCAGUGAUGAAACCUUGAGUUCAAGCUCAACACAACUGAUGCUCCAUGAUUCAUCAUCAACAAAGACCGAUGACAGGCAUCAUUUCUCUGAUCCGUCGUCUCUGGUUACCAGUUUAGGUAGCUCAAGAGAAGCGAGCCCUGAUAAGCCUUGUUUCAGCUCUUGGAUAUCAGGAGCUCAGAUGAGGCCUGCUCAAACCUCCAUGGCUCACUUGCCAGUGUUUGGUUCUUGUAACAGUCCCUAGAGGAUCUUCCCUGUUUUAGUUGCAUGUUUUGUCUUGUCCUUUUGCAUGGACAAGGAACAAUAGAACAUGAGAAAACAUUUUGGUGAAAAAGGGGAGGAAUUUAGCAUUUAGGUAUUAAAGUAUGGUUAGUGGAAGACAUUAGGGGCCAAGCCAUACCAUCUGUUUUGCUGUAACCAUGUAACAGACCUUUUUUCAAACUAAUGAACCUUAUGUCCCUUCAUGAUCA